AUGCUGCAACGCUUCUUGCCCAACGGCCCCAAAAGCUCGUCGAUGCACUACCAGAUCUACCGCAACCGGAACUCGUCGGAGGAAGACUUCCAGCGGAUCCACCAGCUGUACGCCAAGGUGGUGUCCGAGGACAAGAUCCUGUGCGAGCUGGCGCAGCGGAACCUCAACGCGGGCGUCUUCGUCAACGGCGAGAUGCACCCGCGCCUCGAGAAGGGGCCGCUGUAUUUCCAGCAGCGCGCGCGCGACGCCAUCCGCGAGCACGUCGCGCAGGAAAAGGCCGCGCGGCGCGAGAUCUGGCCCGCGCAGCAGCGUCUGCCGGGCUCCGCGGCCGUGAGUCAGUCGGACGUCGAUCUGUGUUCCGGCCUGGCCUGUCAGGCCGAGCCGGCGGCGGGGUUGGCGUGGUGA